AUGCCUCGCGCUCCACGAACCUACUCCAAGACCUAUAAGGUCCCCCGUCGUCCCUUCGAGUCCGCUCGUUUGGACUCCGAAUUGAAGAUCGUUGGUGAAUACGGUCUCAGAAACAAGCGUGAAGUGUGGCGUGUCAUGCUCACCUUGUCCAAGAUUCGUCGUGCUGCCCGUCAGCUUCUUACCCUCGACGAGAAGGACCCAAAGCGUCUGUUCGAAGGUAACGCUUUGAUCAGACGAUUGGUCCGUGCCGGUAUUCUCGAUGACUCCCGUAUGAAGCUCGAUUACGUCUUGGCCUUGAAGAUCGAAGAUUUCUUGGAGCGAAGAUUACAAACCCAGGUUUACAAGCUUGGUUUGGCCAAGUCGAUACAUCAUGCUCGUGUCCUCAUCCGUCAACGUCACAUCCGUGUUGGCAAGCAAAUCGUCAACGUCCCAUCCUUCGUUGUCCGUCUUGACUCCCAGAAGCACAUUGACUUCGCUUUGACUUCUCCAUUCGGUGGUGGCCGUGCCGGUCGUACCAAGAGAAAGAGAAGCAAGGCCGGUGAGGGUGGUGAGGGUGGUGAUGAUGAGGAUGAGGAAUAA